GAGUUCUCUCGUAAAGCACUGAAACAGGCUUUGAUGCAUUCCCGAGCCCCUUCCCUUAUAAAAGGGGAAGUGGCUACAGCAAGACAAAGAGAAUGGGCAGAGCAGUCGUCCCUGCUUCUUUCUACUGCCUCAAGCCGAGGCAGGUCUGCUGAGGGGCUGACGAAAGAAAGAAAGAAAGAAAGAAAGAAAGAAAGAAAGAAAGAAAGAAAGAAAGAAAGAAAGAAAGAAAGAAAUAUUCUUCUGAAUAUAUUUCCCCUUCACCCCCUGUUUUUCAGCCAUGGCAAUCAAGAGGAUCAUUUUCAUUUUGGCUGGUUUGGCACUAUUGGGCGGCCCUUGUGGAGCAGAUCCCAGAGGGAAGGAAUUUGUCACAGCCUUUCUGCAGAACUACUGGCAAGAAGUACCCAAUGCAGACUUCAGGCUGCUCAUCACUGGGUACCAUCCUGCAACGUCUGUCACAGUGAUAGUGAACAACUCUACGUUUCAGAGAGCUACCAUCAAUGCAGGACAGACAGUGUCUGUUCAUCUCCCAGGCUUCGUAGAGAUGUUGGGGACCAACACCUUUGAUAAGACUAUGUUGAUCCAAGCUGACAAAGACAUCUCAGUCUUCUCCUAUAACUACAAGAAUUAUUCAAGUGCUGCCACAGUCGUAUAUCCAGUCCAACAGCUGGGCUUGUUGUAUUACGUGGUCACUCCGGUGGGUGACACGUCAAACACUUUCAAGGAAUUUGCUGUGGUGGCCCAUGAAGACCCCACUAUAGUUGACAUUCAUCUGAAAGGGGCUGUGAGAUUCAAAAGGCGGGAUUAUCCUGCAGGUAGCAGGCUUGUUGUUGACCUCGAACCCUUCCAAACAAUCCAGCUGCAAAGCUCGGAUGAUUUAUCUGGCACCAGGGUUGAAUCAAGUGGGCCUGUGGCUGUCUUGAGUGGGCACAGCUGCGCUAAACAAAACACACAGUGCGACCAUGUUGUUGAACAGCUCCUGCCUGUUUCCAGCUGGGGUACCACGUUCAUUGUCCCCCCACUGUCCAUCCAAAGUAGUUCUGAUGUGGUGUAUGUUGUCACCUCCCAGAGCACUUUAAUCAGAUACCAAGUUGGGCCGACACAAAACUCCCGUAAUACAAAUGCAGGACAGGUGAUCCAGAUUGAGGUAAAACGCCCUCACCCUCUUUAUAUCUCUGCUGAUGCUGGAAUCCAGGUUCUUUUCUUCUUCACUGGUGCUAAAACAGGAGUAGGGAUCUAUGACCCCUUCCUCAUCAAUAUCCCAGCCUUGACAAGCUAUUGCACAUCCUACCACAUCGAUGGGAUUAGGAAGUCUGAUAAUUAUGCUGUCGUCAUAACCAAAAGCACAGAAUCCAAUGGAAUCACCUUCAAGAGGAAGGCCGUGGGAAACAUCCAAUGGAGAGUCAUCCCAGGCACAGAAUAUUCCUGGGCUGAACAUAGACUGGGCAGAGAAGAUCGUGCCCUCUCCCUGGAGCAUCCCAGCACACCCUUUGGACUCUACAUCUUUGGAGUUUCAUACAUGGAGGGCUAUGGUUAUUCUUCCCUUUGCCCUUCCAGCCAACCAGUGUCUUCAUGCAGCUCAAUGAAAUGUGGAAGUAAGGAGCAGUGUGAGAUCUUAAGAGGUCAGCCGAUGUGUGUACCAAAAUCUGGAUCCAUCUGCAGGGCUUAUGGAGACCCUCAUUAUCACACCUUCGACGGAAAGCACUUUGACUUCAUGGGCACCUGCACCUAUACCAUUGCCAAGACUUGCAGUCUAGAUCCGACUCUUCCUUUCUUCAGCGUUGAGGCCAAGAACGAGAACAGGGGCAAUGCUCAUGGUUCUUACGUUGGUUCUGUGACAGUCAGAGUCUAUGACACCAUCAUUGCGAUGGCCAGAAAUGAGAUUGGACUUGUGAGGGUGAAUUACCAGCAGUCCCAGCUGCCCAUCUCCCUGCAGGAGGGGAAACUGAGGCUCUACCAGAGUGGGAGCUCUGUCCAUAUUGAGACGGACUUCUCACUGAGAGUCUCCUACAACUGGGACAGCAACCUGGCGGUGAAGAUCUCCAGCAGAUUUUCAGAGAGCCUCUGCGGCUUUUGUGGCGACUACAAUGAAGACCCAGAUGAUGACUUUACCAUGCCUGAUGGGAGCUUGGCCUCCAAUCCUGUGGAGUUUGGGAGAAGCUGGAAGGUGAAGGAUGGCCAUGAGCUCUGCUGGGAUGAUUGCAAUGGGGAAUGCCAAAGCUACACCCCCGAGAAAGCCAAGAAGUAUAAAGCUGAGCCAUUCUGUGGCUGGAUCAACAAAGGGGGAGACGGCCCGUUCAGCCAGUGCCAUGCCGUGAUUGACCCUCAGCCCUUUCUAGAUGACUGCGUCUUUGAUGUCAGCUUGAAUGAUGGCCUCAAGAAUGUGCUGUGUGAUGCACUGAAGAACUAUGCAGAUGCCUGCCAGGGAGAAGGAGCUGCUAUUUCAGACUGGAGGACACCCACUGGCUGCUACCUACCCUGCCCUGAGAACAGCCAGUACAAGGCCUGUGGACCUCCAUGUCCUGCCACCUGCAACGGCGAAGCUGGUCCCACGAACUGUUCCUCAUUGCCUUGUGUGGAGACCUGCCAGUGCAGUGAGGGCUUUGUGCUGAAUGCUGGGAAGUGCAUCCCCUCAACGUCCUGUGGGUGUAUCUUUGAGGGGAAACUCUUCUCCCCUGGUGAGCAGUUCUGGGGAGACGACAGCUGCACGAGACGCUGCACUUGUGACCGGGAGACGAAGCGAGUGGCCUGCCAAGCGGCGAGAUGCAGGAGUGGGGAGCAAUGCAAGGUGCAGGACGGCCUCCAGAACUGCUACCCCGCCAGUUUCACCAGCUGCUCGGCUUCAGGGGGCCUCCACUACCUCAGCUUUGAUGGCAAACGGUUCAACUUCCAGAGCAACUGUGUGUAUCGGUUCACUGGGCUGCGUGAGAAGAGAAAUGACCUGGAGGAUUUCCUGGUGCUUGUCCAGAAUGACCAUCAAGGCAGCCAGUCGGUGCCUUUUCUCCAGAGGGUGGAGAUCAGCGUUUAUGGCACAGCCAUUGUGAUGAGCAGAGAACAGCCUGGAAAGGUUCUGGUGAAUGGCUUGCUGAACAACCUGCCCUACAGGAGCAGAAACAAUGACUUUUCCAUGUACAGGAGAGGGCAAACGGUGGUGCUCCAGACUGACUUCUACCUGACAGUCACCUUUGACUGGCAAAACCUGGUUGCUGUGUCUGUGCCCAGCACUUAUGCCGGGGCCCUUUCUGGUCUCUGUGGGAACUUCAAUGGCAACCCAGAAGAUGACAUGACCACGAGAGAUGGCCAUGUGGCUCCAGAUCCAACAGCUUUUGGUCAGAGCUGGAAAGUGAGAGAGGUACCAGGCUGCAGAGAGGUUGACUUAGAAGAGUGUGUGGGCCUAGCAGCCAUUAAGCGACGCCAACGGAGUCUUGUCAAGGAGUGCGGGCUCAUCGCCAACAAGUUCGGUCCUUUCCGAGAUUGUCACAGCAAAGUUAAUCCAGAGGGAUACUUCCAAGAUUGUGUGUAUGAUUACUGCUUAUACCACCAGAAAACUGUGAUGUGUCCGGUUAUUGCCAGCUAUGCAGCAGCCUGCCAGGCAGCCGGGGCCACCCUCCAUGCUUGGAGAACUGGCCUUUCUUGCAGUCCUUCUUGUGCUGAAAACAGCCACUACGAGCGGUGCACCAUGGACUGUGCCCAGACCUGUAGCAGCAUCUAUAUUCCAGUCCCCUGCCCGGACAGGUGCCAGGAAGGCUGUGUCUGUGACGAGGACUUUGUGCAGAGUGGCGAUCAGUGCGUCCCCAUGUCCCAGUGUGGCUGCUACCAUCAGGGCCGCUACUACAUGGCUGGAGAGACUUUCCACCCAACAUGUCAGGAGCGCUGCGUGUGUCAGGGUGGUGGGACUCUGCAAUGCCAAGCCUUCUCCUGUGGCCCCAAUGAGGAGUGCAAGUUGUCAGGGGGCAUCCAGAAAUGCCACCCCAUAGACAGCACCACAUUGCCACAGCAUCACAUAUCGACAGCGCCACCCACCACGACAGCGCCACCCGUCGCGACAGCGCCACCCACCGACAGUGCCACAUGCUCCGUUUCUGGGGGCACUCACUAUCUCUCAUUCGAUGGGCUGCCCUUUGACUUCCAUGGCACCUGCCUAUACACUCUGGUGAAGAGCAGCACAGAAAACCAGAACCUGAUCCCCUUUACUGUCAAUGUGGAGAAUGGCCAAUGGGGGAUUGGGAAGGCCUUGGUUCCCAAGGUGGUCUCUGUCAACGUCUAUGGCAUCACACUCACGUUACUGCGGGACAAGCAGGGGCAAGUGAAGGUGAAUGGUCUGUUCCAACCCCUCCCUGCAACCCUUUCUGGAGGACUGCUCCGAGCCUAUCAACAUGGCACUAAAGUCCUGGUCCAGACGGACUUUGGCCUCAUUGUGAGCUAUGACCUGGUUUACCGCGUGACGGUCACUGUCCCAGGCAGCUACCAGGGCCAGAUGGGUGGCUUGUGUGGGAACUACAAUGGCCAGAAGGAUGACGAAUUCCAGCUCCCUGAUGGCAGGCUGGUCUCUGAUGCCACUGUAUUCGGUGCUGUCUGGAAAGUUUCAGCCCCUGGGGCAGAAGGAUCCUGUGUGGAUGGGUGUCCUGGCAAUGAGUGCCCAGUCUGCGGAGCCGGGAUGGAGAGCAUUUACAAACGACGCAACUACUGUGGGAUCCUCAUCGCAGCUGAUGGCCCCUUCAGUGCUUGCCAUAGCACUGUAGACCCCAACCUGUAUCUCAACAACUGCAUCUACGACCUAUGCCUGGGCAAAGGGGACAGAAAGGUCAUGUGCAACAGUAUCCAGAGCUACAUGUCUGCCUGCCAAGAGGCCAGGGUCUCUGUCCAGCUUUGGAGGAGUCCAUCUUUCUGCCAUCUGAGCUGCCCAGCCAACAGCCGCUAUGAGAUCUGUGCUGAUCUCUGCUCCACCAGCUGUGCCAACAUCACAGACCCCAGAAGAUGUCCAGAGACCUGUGUAGAGGGCUGCGAGUGUAAUGAUGGCUUCUUCUUUGAUGGUCUUGGUUGUGUUACCAUGGAAAGCUGUGGAUUUGUCAAGAAUGGGCGCUACUACAAGCCCAACGAGAAGAUUCUGUUGAAUGAAUGCAGGGAAAGCUGCAUCUUCAUCCCAGGCCAAGUGGUGAACUGUGAGGCCCACAGCUGUGCCCCUAAUGAGAACUGCGAGAUCCAAGAUGGAGUCAUGGGUUGCAUUAGCACAGGUGCCCCCACAGCUGCAUCCCAUCGCAAACAAUUCAUCACAGCUAUUAUGCAAAACGGGGACAGAAGACUGCAGACAGAAAUCAAGCUGUUCCUCACUGCUUCCCAAAGCUCCACCAUAGUUACUGUGACCAUAAACAAAUCAAUGUACCAGAAAAGUUAUUCAAUUGGAGAGGGCGAGACAAUAUCUGUGCCAAUCCCAGAAGGUGCAGAAAUGAUUGGGAGUAAGACAUUUGAUCAGUCCAUUUUGAUUCAGGCUGACAAAGACGUAUCGGUGGUCUUGCUGCACAGGAAAGCACUCUCCACUGGAGCCACAAAGGUCUAUCCCGUCCAGGAGCUCGGCACAGAGUAUUAUGUGGUGACCCCAUCGGUGCUGCAAUCAGCACGCUACUUAAAAGAGUUUGCCAUCAUAGCCUGGGAUUCCCCCACUUCCGUUGAUAUUUAUCUGAAAGGGGGUGUGAUAUUCAACAGAAAGCACUACCCUGCAGGAAGCACACUCACUGUUUCUCUUGAGGCAUUCCAAGUUAUCCAGCUGCAGAGUGCAUACGAUUUGUCCGGCACCAGAAUCCAGUCCUCGGAGCCAGUGGCAGUCAUGAGUGGGCAUGCCAACAUGAAGAACAGCCAUAAUCUCGACCACGUUGUGGAACAGCUACUUCCAGUCUCCAGCUGGGGCACCAAGUUCCUUGUUCCUCCCCUGUCUUUCCAAAGUGAUUUCGACAUCGUCUUCUUAGUGGCUGCCCAAAACACUCGUAUUGAUUAUCGCGUGGGGCCUACACAGAAUGUUCUCAGCCUGUUGGCUGGGGAAGUCAGGCAACUGGAAGCUGAGUUCCCUCAGGUGCUUUACAUCUCAGCUGAUGCUGGAAUCCAGGUCCUUUUCUUCUACACGGGCGAAAGGAUCAAGAUGACCUAUGACACAUUCCUCAUCAACAUCCCAGACCUAAGAAGCUACAGUCGCUCCUACCAGGUUAAUGGGAUAGAAGGCUUCGACAAUUUUGUCACCAUCUUAGCCAAAAGCUCUGAAACCAGCAGGAUAACAAAGGACAAGAGUGUUGUUAUGGGCGUGCACUGGAGAGAGAUCCCUGGCUCAGACUAUUCAUGGGGCGUAUACAAGUUGGACCCAGAGGCCAGAAGCAUCUUUCUGGAGCACCCUGCAUCUCCCUUUGGUGUCUUGGCCUUUGGUGGCAGAGACUCUGAAGGCUAUGGCUUCGUUCCACCAUCUUUUUACCCACCUGGGUCAUUCUCCUGUCCUGAGAACAGUCACUACGAGGCCUGUGGAAAUGCCUGCCCAGCAACCUGCUCUGACCGGACAGCUCCCUCCACAUGUGACGACACCUGUGCAGAAAUCUGCCAGUGUGACGAGGGCUACGUCCUGAGUGCUGAGAAGUGUGUCCCAGUGGAGACCUGCAACUGCACUCACAAUGGCACAAUCUACAAGCCAGGGGAGGAGUUCUGGGCUGAUAAGGAGUGCCAGUCGCACUGCAAAUGUGACCCCCACCUAGGCAAGGUUGUGUGCAUCAUGGCUUCCUGUGAGGCCAAUACGAGAUGCGGCGUGGUCAAUGGGAUCCGGGGAUGCCACGCCAUCACUGACUUCACCUGCGUCAUAUCUGGAAACCGUCACUACACCACCUUUGAUGGAAGGAAGUAUGGUUUUGAUGGGAGGCGGGAUACGUUCCAGGGAACCUGCAUGUAUCAGGUGGCGGGCGUCUGCUCCAGCGACCCCACCCUCACUCCAUUUCUGGUCCUGGUAAAAGAUCACUUCCGAGACACCGUGGCAGACCAACCCAAAGGGCUAGUUCUGGAGGUCUACAACAUGAACCUAAGUCUAAGCCACCAGUAUCCAGGCAAGAUCCAGGUCAAUGGAAUCCUUAUGGAACUGCCAUUCUCCUAUGAGAAUAAACUGAGGGCUUACACCAGUGGAGUCCAUGGCGUCAUCAAGACAGACUUUGACCUGAGAGUCAGCUUUGACUGGAACAGCUAUGCCAGGGUCAUUAUACCCAACACUUAUGCCCGUGCUGUCUGUGGACUCUGUGGCAAUGCCAAUCAGGAUGCUAGUGAUGACUUUGUCAUGCAGAACGGAACUCAGGCGAUGGGUGGAAUCCAAUUAGCAGACAGCUGGAAGCUGAAGGCAGCCCCGGGAUGCUCAGCAAGCUGUGCUAACCAAUGUCCGAUGUGUGGGCCGGACCAGGUACGAACAAUGAGGAGUAACAGCUACUGCGGUGUCCUCAUCAGGAACUCUGGACCAUUCAGACAAUGCCAUGAGGCCAUUGACCCAACACCUUACUUUAAUGACUGUGUCUUUGACACCUGUCAGUUCAAUGGCGACAAGAAGCACCUGUGUAGUGCCCUGAGUGCCUACGUGACAGCCUGUCAAGCUCUGGGCGUACAGAUUGGGCAGUGGAGAUCAGCUUCCUACUGCAGCCUUCCCUGUCCACAUAACGCUCACUAUGAGCUCUGCGGAAAUGGCUGCCCCGCCACUUGUCAUGGUCUCAUCGUUCCAGAAACGUGUGAGGCUCCGUGUGCUGAAGGGUGCUUUUGCGACUCUGGAUUCAUCCACAGUGGGGACCGGUGUGUCCCUCCUGCAGAGUGCGGCUGUGUGCACCAAGGCAGAUACUACAAGAAGGGAGAGGAGUUCUAUCCUGGCAGCUCCUGCCAAAACAAGUGCCAGUGUAUGGAGAAUGGAGCCACCGAGUGCCAGAAGUUCUCCUGUGAAGCAUAUGAAGAGUGCAGGGUGGAGAACGGCAUCCAAGGCUGCUAUCCCAUGAGAUACGCAACCACUAUAGUAUCUGGUCCCCCUCAUUAUAUUUCUUUUGAUGGACGGAAUUUCAGCUUCCAUGGCUCCAACACUUAUACUUUAGCCAAAGUCUGCAGCAAGGAUCCUCAGCUCGUCAACUUCUCUGUACUGGUGGAGAAUGAGAAGGCUGAGAAUGGUUCCUUACCUCUAAUGAAGGCAGUCAUCGUCUCUGUGAAUGGACACACUGUUGUUCUUCAGAGGGGAAUGAAGUGGAAGGCUAUGGUGGAUGGAGAAUGCUAUAAUCUGCCAAUGAACAAAGAUAAUGGGCAACUCUGGAUCACCCAGGAGGGGAAUAAUAUCAUUCUCCAGUCAUCCUUUGUCCUCAGGGUCCUUUAUGAUACUUCCUCAUAUGUCCAUGUGUCUGUCUCCUACACCUAUCAGGGACAGAUGUGUGGUCUGGGUGGAAACUUCAAUGGUGACAAGAGUGACGAUUUCAGGAUGCCCAAUGAAAGCAUCACUGAAAGUGUGGAUGAGUUUGGGGCCUCUUGGAAGGUCCCUACAGAUGGUCCAGGUGACUCUGAUGGCUGUGGUGAGAAAUGUCCCACCUACGAUCCAGCCCAGGCAGCACCAUACAGAGUCACAAGUUCCUGUGGGAUGAUCCCAUCCCAAAGAGGCCCAUUCAGAGACUGUCACUCAUUAGUGAAUCCUGCUGAGUACUUUGAGCACUGCCUGUAUGACAUGUCCAUGACCAAUGGAAUGCAAGAAUCUCUCUGUCGGAGUCUUCAGGCCUACAUGGCUGCAUGUCAGGCAACUGGAGCCAAGGUUGAAGCAUGGAGAAGAGCCUCUUUCUGUUCCAUCAAGUGCCCAGCUAACAGCCACUAUGAGAAGUGCACUUCACCUUGCGAUUUCAGCUGUGCCAGCAUGAUUGCGCAAAUCAAUUGCACAAGCAAUUGCUUUGAAGGGUGCCAGUGCAAUGAAGGCUACGUGUCUGAUGGGGAUGCCUGUGUGCCCGUUGAGAAAUGUGGCUGUGUAUAUGAUGGAGUCUACUUCAAGACUGGAGAGAUCCGCUUCUCAAGCAACUGCAGAGAGAAACGCACCUGUAGUGCUUCAGGCCAAGUCACCCCUGAAGAAACCACUUGCCAGUCGGGAGAGACCUGCAUGCUCAGAGAUGGCGUGCGUGGCUGUGUGGAGCAGGAAGGCCGGUGCAAGCUCAGCCCCGAAGCCCAGCUCACGUCCUUUGACGGUGCCAUGAGGAAGUAUCACUGCAGUGGAAUCUAUGAUGUGGCUUCUGUUUGUGAUGAAAGUGCCCUCUUCUGGUUCAGGGUAGCAGUGAGCAUCGGAAAAAACUGGGAUGAGAAGUUGGUAGUUGGGAAGGCCGUCUAUGUUUUCUUUGAGGAUGCAUCCAUCACCAUUAAAAAGGACUCAAAGACAUGGGUCAAUGGGCGCUCAGUGACCCUGCCGUACAAGAAAAAAGCCGUGUCUGUGAGCAAGGUUGAGGACGGGGUUGUGAUUGACCAGGCCUCUCAGGUGCAGGUUCACCUCCAUGCUGAUGGGGAGGUGAUGGUGAGAGUCUCAAGGACCUUUGCAGGGAAGCUGUGUGCCCCCUGUGGAGACUUCAAUGGAGACAGCUCUGAUGACCUGAAGCUGCCCAGUGGGCAAAUUGAGGAGAAUGUUGUUGAGGUUCUUCAUUCCUGGAAGGCCAAGGACUUCUAACCUUAGUUUGUUCUAUGGACAGAUGCUCUUUCUGACAAAGCAACAGGAGAUCUACAGAUUAACUAAUCUGUAGUACAGUAUAGUAUUUUCUGUAAUAUAAUAUGUAGGCUUAUUUUUGAAAUAAAGAUAUGAAUAUAUAUUGUA